AUUGAACAUUUAGACAGAAAUCAUUCAUUAUCUUAUCAAAAAUUUGGAGUUCACACCAGAGGUUUCUGUGUAUUAAAACUUUUUGAUGAGUUAAAAGACUGGUUAUAUUUUAUUGAUAAUAUGAAUUCAUGAUUUAUUAAAACCUGGCUUAGGCUUCGACAAAAUGUCAACUGUUCCUUCCAUCCCAGAGUUUUAUGCUAGUCAAAGCAUUUUUAUAACAGGAGCAACAGGCUUUCUGGGUAAAAUCCUGGUUGAGAAACUCAUACGAUCAUGCCCAGAAGUUAAGUGUAUUUAUCUUCUAAUAAGACCCAAGAAGGGAAAAGAUCCACAAGAAAGAUUAGAUGAAAUUCUGGAUUCUCAGUUAUUUGAGAAAGUGAAGACGCAAAAUCCAGACUUCAAACGCAAAUGCAAGGCCAUAGAGGGUGACAUUAUCAAAGAAGAUCUGGGCCUGGACCAAGGUGACCACGACUUGCUUACAAAAGAAGUGUCUGUGGUGUUCCAUUCUGCCGCUACUAUUAAGUUUGAUGAAGAAAUGAAACUGUCAGUUGAUAUGAACAUAGGCGGUGUACACAGCAUGCUGGAGUUCUGUAAGACUUUGCCAAAGCUUGUCUCGUUUGUGCAUAUCUCAACGGCGUAUGCCAAUUGCGACAGGAACAAAAUAGACGAGGAAGUGUAUGAGCCGCCAUUGAAGCCAAGACAACUCCUGGAUGCAUGCUCAUGGAUGGAUGCAGAGACACUGAAUACGCUGACUCCUCAGAUCAUCGGUUCCAGGCCCAACACAUACACAUACACAAAGUCAGUGGCCGAAUUCUUGAUCAAGGAGGAGGCUGGAUCCCUGCCUGUAGCCAUAUUCAGACCAUCCAUAGUGGGGGCCACAUAUGUGGAACCAGUCAGGGGCUGGGUGGACAAUGUGAAUGGACCCACUGGGCUCCUAGCAGCAAUUGGCAAGGGUGUACUUCGGAUAAUGAAGGGGGACUUCAAUGCCACUGCAGACAUCAUUCCUGCUGACUUUGCAACCAACAUGCUGUUGGCAGUGGGAUGGUAUACGGCUGUACACAAGCCAAAGUCGCUGAUGGUGUUUAACUGUACAUCUGGGGGACUUAACAGAUUUACAUGGGGCCAAAUGGAGAGACUGUCUUAUGAAUAUUUAAUGAAGAAUCCAUUGGAAAACAUAGCAAGAGUGCCAAAUGCAAAAUUUACAAAGAGUGUGCUUUGGCACGACACAAAUGUGCUAUUUGACCACAUGUUGCCAGCCUAUUUGAUGGAUAUGUACAUGUGGAUUUCCGGUCGAAGAAGGAUGUUUGUGCGCCUCCAAGAGAAGCUACGCAAGGCAGUUAGCAGUCUGGAGUUCUUCACAGCUAGACAGUGGGAAUUCAGCCAUGACAAUCUGCUCAUGUUGGAGAGAUUGAUGUCCCCAGAUGACAAAAAGAACUUCAACUUUAAUCCCAAGAGCAUACACUGGCCCACAUACAUGGAGGCCUACUGCCUGGGAACCAAACGCUACGUGCUCAAGGAACACAUAUCGGCAUUACCAAACGCACGCAAGGCACUAGUCAGGUUGCAGCGACUGAAUAUGCUAUUCCAAGUGGUUGUGUUCAUGGUAGUGUGGAGGUUGCUGGUGAAGCGUGUCACAGUGGCACGUGUCCUGUGGAACAUGAUCCUGGGCUGGGCCGGACGGCUGCUGCAGAGGGUGCCGGGGAUUGCUCGCUCUACCUAGGCUUGCAGUGGAGGGACCAUGAUGCAUAUAAAUAAAAUAUUGAAUCUAUUGGAUUGAAAGCUGGGCUUUCUUAAACAUUAGCUACGCACAAUUGCUGCAAAUAAAUUGAUUUCAUUAAAGAAAAUUAAAGUUGCAAAAAUGCAUUAAUUGUGAAGUAGCCAAAUUCAGACAUUAAAUUAGGAAUGAUGCGUUUUUCCAAAGAACAGUUAAAAUCAGGGGAAGCUCAGUAAUCUUACUCUUGUAUAAAUGAGUAAUGUGUUUAUGGAGUUAUUAAUACCUAAAGCUGUUCACAAACUCGCAAGGAAAUCAAAUAUACCAAUUUUUAUUAGCGAGGCUGUUUUCAGGAGAAAACCCGAGCUAUUGUCAUAGCCAGCUCGUCCGACGUCCGCCGUAGUUCUAAAACCUGAACAUUGGCUCUAAAAUCAAAGUGCUUGCUCCUUCAACGUUAAAACUUCAUAUGUAGAUGCACCUUGAUGAGUUCUACACCCCACACCCAUAUUUGGGUCACUAGGUCAAAGGUCAAGGCCACUGUGACCUUGAAUAUCAAACUUUAACAUAGGCUCUAAAAUCAAAGUGCUUCCACAUACAACUUUGAAACUUCAUAUGUAGUUGCACCUUGAUGAGUUCUACAUGCCACAGCCAUUUUUGGGUCACUAGGUCAAAGGUCAAGGUCACUGUCACCUCUAAUAUAAAACUUUAACAAAAACCUUAACAUUGCCUCUAAAAUCAAAGUGCUUCCACCUACAACUUUGAAACUUCAUAUGUAGAUGCACCUUGACGAGUUCUACACGCCACACCCAUUUUGGGUCACUAGGUCAAAGGUCAAGGUCACUGUGACCUCUAAAAAAAAAAAAAAAAAUUAUGACAAGCUUUCGCAGCCGAGCGUGGCACCCGUUAUGCAGUGCUCUUGUUUAUUAUGCCCCCCUUCGAAGAAGAGGGGGUAUAUUGCUUUGCUCAUGUCGGUCUGUCGGUUCGUCCACCAGGUGGUUGUCAGACGAUAACUCAAGAACGCUUGGGCCUAGGAUCAUGAAACGUCAUAGGUACAUUGAUCAUGACUUGCUGAUGACCCCUAUUGAUUUUGAGGUCACUAGGUCAAAGGUCAAGGUUACGGUGACCCGAAAUAGUAAAAUGGUUUUCGGAUGAUAACUCAAGAACGCAUACGCCUAGGAUCAUGAAACUUCAUAGCUACAUUGAUCAUGACUUGCAGAUGACCCCUAUUGAUUUUGAGGUCACAAGGUCAAAGGUCAAGGUCACGGUGACCCGAAAUAGUAAAAUGAUUUUCGGAUGAUAACUCAAGAACGCUUUUGCCUAGGAUCAUGACACUUCAUAGGUAUAUUGAUUGUGACCCGCAGAUGACCCCUAUUGAUUUUCAGGUCACUAGGUCAAAGGUCAAGGUCACAGUGACAAAAAUUGUAUUCACACAAUGGCUGCCACUACAACAGACAGCCCAUAUGGGGGGCAUGCAUGUUUUACAAACAGCCCUUGUUUAUAUAUCCAUGUAUACACAAACAUGCAAGGAAAUCAAAUGUACCAAUUUUCAUUAAGUGUUUAUAUCAGUUUUGUUAUAUUGUUAAUGUAUAGGCAGAUUAUUGUAUAUGAAACCUUGGAGUGUUGCACAAUUAUUUACUAAUUUGUUGCAAACACAGUUAAGCUUAUAUUAAUGUCUGUUAAAAAGUUUUGCAUGGCUCAACUUUACUUCUACAUCCACUUGUCUAUUCUGCCAGAGCUCUCAAAAUUGACUUGUUCUGGCCAAAAAGUGAUUUGUCCUUACUUUAAAUGUGACUUCAAAUACUAUGUUAGUAUUCAGUAAUUUCACAACAUAUUGUAUGUAUAUCAGAUGUAUAGCUCGACUGGAAGAGUGUCCCCAUAUGUUGGCCCUAAAUCUAUCAGUAUAAUAAACACAAGCAAAUGAUUCAAAAUUACUAACAUAGUAAACUAACAUAUUCAUGUAUAAUAAAACAAAACUCUCUAGAACUUCUUAUUAAAGAAAACUAUUUAACAAAAAAGACAUAUUUUAACCGUAAGCUACGUGUUAAGUGUUGUUAGUUGAACUCUGGGAUAUAUUUGCCUUGUUAAUAAUUUGGUAUAGUGUGUAAGUAUCGGAAUACUUCACGCUUCAUAGUUUCAGUAUCAACUAACAGUUUUGAAAAUACAUUCUAACCAAAUCAAUGGAGUUUGGAAACGAUUUUUAUGUUUGUAAGAGAAAAUAGAGAUCUUUUUUCACACUUUCACAGUACACUUCACUCAAAGCAGUUGUUUACUUUGGUGCUACCUACUUUACAUAAGCACCAGUGGCAGAUUUUAUAUGUUGUAUUUGUAUCUUUUUUCUCAUAAACACAUUGUAAAUUUGCUACAAUUUUGUUAUUGUCAGAAGUGCAUUUAAACAUUGUGAUCUCGCAUUGAAAAUGAAUUCAUUAAAGCCUUCUUCAUUUUUUUCUAUAAGAUCUGUAUAUGAGUGUACACCUGCAUUUAUACCCAUCAUGGUUUUACCCUUUUAGUGCUGGAACCCAAUUUUAAAGGCCUUUGCAAACAGUUUGGAUCCAGAUCAGACGCCACAAAAUGUGGCGUCUGAUCAGGAUCCAAACUGUUUGCUAUUCUGAUAUAGGUCUUUGAAAAAAAGUGAAAGAAAAUUAUUAUUUUAGAAUUUCAGCAGACAUCAAUUUAGCAGACGACAAAUAUCCCAGCAUGCAAAGGAUUAAGACUCUGUAUUGCAUCCUGAUCAAGUAUAUUUGGUACAGAGUGCCUCACCCAACCCAAGCAGGGAAAAAAAUCUGAGUAUCUUUUUUAUUCAGAAUAUAUUUUAAUUAAGAGUAGCAUAUUUUUUAAAUAAGAGCAGUAACCUCAACUUCAUUUUAUCUAGUCAAGUAGUUUGCCCAGAUAUAUACUACCAGGAAUUCUCUAUUUAUUAAAUUAUUUCAAGUUCUCUUUUUGUAAAAUUAUUAUCUUGUUGUCUGUGAUAUUGAAUCUUUGAAUGCAUGGCAAAUAGUUCAUUUGCUUUUGUCACAAUUUAUUUUUAUGAAUAUUGCAUUAAUUUCUUUUCUUUAUACAUUUUAUCUUUCAAAACGUUAUGCUUUACAUUUUUAGCAAGAAUCACAUCAGUUUAAUUUUAAUACCACAUGGAACCUGUAUUUUCUUCACUGAGAACUCCCAAAGCUUGCACACUUGUCUUAUCAGGGGUGUGAUAGGGAAAAGAAAAAAAGAAAAACUGUCAAACUUUGUGUUAAGAUAUAUUGGCAUCGAAAUGGAGGGAAACAACAAGUGAGACCCCUGAUGAUGUAUUUCUGUUGAUGAUGCAUUUGAAGCUUUAACAUUAGAUUAGGCUGUGUCGUUUCAAUAGAUUUUUCUACAAGUUUAUAUGUGCAACAUUUUGUACCUAGAAUAAAAAAAGAAAUCCAACAUA